AUUGAGUGCCAGAGUGCCCGCGGCCCAUCCCUGCCAGAGCGGAGCAGCGGCGGCCUGGGAAGGGGCCUCGGACCCUCACGGAGCCAGGGGGGUGCUGCUCUGCGCCUCACAGCAGCCCGACUCGCCUCUCCAGUGGAGCAGCCGUGCAGCUCACCUGCUCCCCCUGGUCUGGGUGUGCCCUGUGCCCACCGGCUCACCUGCUCCUGCUGGGUCUGGGAGUGCCUACAGCUGGCUGGCUGCCUCUUGGGCCACAGAGGAGCUGGCAAGGAUGAAGAAAUGGGGGAACUCAGACUCAGGAGAGUCCGAGGACCCACCCCAAGAGGACUCGUGCUCAGAUCCCUUGGAUGAAGACCCUAACUUCAGGCCGACUCUAGUCAAAUCCCACUUCUUUCCCACGGCCAAGAGCCGGAGCCGGCUUUUUGGGAAAUGUGACUCAGAGGAGGUGUCCCCCAUGGACUGCUCUUAUGAGGAAGGCGAGCUGUCCUCCUGUCCGGCCAUCACAGUCAGCCCCGCUAUCAUCACCCAGAGGCCUGGGGAUGGCUCUGCCUCUGCUAGGCAGCUGUUCCAGAACUGUGUCCCUGUGGGAGCCAAGAAGAACCUCCAGCUCUAUGACCGCAGGAAGAUCUUCGAAGCUGUGGCCCAGAAUAACUGCGAGGAGCUGGAGAGCCUGCUGCUGUUCCUGCAGAAGAGCAAGAAGCACCUCAUGGACAGCGAGUUCAAAGACCCAGAGACAGGGAAGACCUGCCUGUUGAAAGCCAUGCUCAACCUGCGUGACGGACAGAACGACACCAUCCCCCUACUCCUGGAGAUCGCCCGGCAGACGGACAGCCUGAAGGAGCUUGUCAACGCCAGCUACACAGACAGCUACUACAAGGGCCAGACGGCGCUGCACAUCGCCAUCGAGAGGCGGAACAUGCCACUGGUCGCCCUCCUGGUGGAGAACGGGGCAGAUGUCCAGGCUGCGGCCAACGGGGACUUCUUUAAGAAGACCAAAGAGCGACCUGGCUUUUACUUUGGGGAGCUGCCCCUCUCCUUGGCUGCAUGCACCAACCAGUUGGGCAUCGUGAAGUUCCUGCUGCAGAACUCCUGGCAGCCGGCAGACAUCAGCGCCCGGGACUCGGCGGGCAACACGGUGCUGCACGCCCUGGUGGAGGUGGCCGACAACACGGCCGAAAACACCAAGUUUGUGACCAGCAUGUACAAUGAGAUUCUGAUCCUGGGGGCCAAGCUCCAUCCGACGCUGAAGCUAGAGGAGCUAACCAACAAGAAGGGGCUGACACCCCUGGCUCUGGCCGCCAGGAGUGGGAAGAUUGGGGUGUUGGCCUAUAUCCUCCAGAGGGAGAUCCAGGAGCCGGAGUGCAGGCACCUGUCCAGGAAAUUCACCGAGUGGGCCUACGGGCCCGUGCACUCUUCGCUCUAUGACCUGUCGUGCAUCGACACCUGCGAGAAGAACUCGGUGCUGGAGGUGAUCGCCUACAGCAGCAGCGAGACCCCUAAUCGCCAUGACAUGCUCUUGGUGGAACCACUGAACCGACUUCUGCAGGACAAAUGGGACCGAUUUGUCAAGCGCAUCUUCUACUUCAACUUCUUUGUCUACUGCCUGUACAUGAUCAUCUUUACCACCGCUGCUUACUACAGGCCUGUGGAAGGCUUGCCCCCCUAUACGAUGAAACACACUGUUGCAGACUAUUUCCGGGUCACUGGAGAGAUUCUUUCUGUAUCAGGGGGAGUCUACUUUUUUUUCCGGGGGAUUCAGUACUUCCUGCAGAGGCGGCCAUCUCUGAAGACCUUGUUUGUGGACAGCUACAGUGAAAUGCUUUUCUUUGUGCAGUCACUUUUCAUGCUGGGGACUGUGGCACUGUACUUCAGCCACCGCAAGGAAUACGUGGCCUCCAUGGUGUUCUCGCUGGCCAUGGGCUGGACCAACAUGCUCUACUACACCCGCGGCUUCCAGCAGAUGGGCAUCUAUGCUGUCAUGAUUGAGAAGAUGAUCCUGAGGGACCUGUGUCGCUUCAUGUUUGUCUACCUCGUUUUCCUGUUUGGGUUUUCCACAGCCGUGGUGACACUGAUUGAGGAUGGGAAGAAUGAUUCCAUACAGGCUGAGACCACCUUACAUAGGUGGCGAGGGUCUAGCUGCCGCCAGCCCGACAGCAACUACAACAGCCUGUACUCCACCUGUCUGGAGCUGUUCAAGUUCACCAUCGGGAUGGGUGACCUGGAGUUCACAGAGAACUAUGACUUCAAGGCAGUCUUCAUCAUCCUGCUGCUGGCCUACGUGAUUCUCACCUAUAUCCUCCUGCUCAACAUGCUUAUCGCCCUCAUGGGUGAGACUGUCAACAAGAUCGCACAGGAGAGCAAGAACAUCUGGAAGCUGCAGAGAGCCAUCACCAUCCUGGACACGGAGAAGAGCUUCCUGAAGUGUAUGAGGAAGGCCUUCCGCUCGGGUAAGCUGUUGCAGGUGGGGUACACCCCCGAUGGCAAGGACGACUACAGGUGGUGUUUCAGGGUAGAUGAGGUGAACUGGACCACCUGGAACACCAACGUGGGCAUCAUCAAUGAAGACCCUGGCAACUGUGAGGGCAUCAAGCGCACCCUGAGCUUCUCCCUGCGGUCAGGCCGAGAAAAGGCGGAUUUAUUGAAAUACACUGCUAAGAGAAGCAGCGGGCGAGACGGGAGAAGUCUGUGCCAGAAGAAGGAGUUGGGGCUCCCUAUUUCAUCAACUUAAAAAAAACUUUAUUAAGAUAGAAAUCACAACAAAAUACAUACAUUUAAAAUGUAUAGUUUGGUAAGUUUCAGCAAACACACACUCAGGUAACCUCCAUCUCACUCAAGAUACAGAGAGUUUCAUCAUUCCAGAAAGUACCCUCAUACCUUUUUGUAUUUAGUUCUCUUCUUCCCCGUUCCAGAGACUGUGAGUCUAAUUUCUGUUACCCUAAUUAACUUUAUGUCAGUUCUUCUUUACCCAAAAAAUGCCAAUUUCAUCCUGUGUUUGAAGGAUGUUUUCAAUGCACAUAGAAUUUUAGAGUAUCAGGCAUUCUUUCUCCUUUUUCUUUUAAAGCUAUAUGUUUUUAUUGCAGAAAAGUUGGUUUACAACACUGUAUGUUUUGGGGAUAUAGUUCAAACCUCCUCAAAAGUGUAUUAUCACACCAUGACCACCACUAAAGCUCUAAUAACUUCCACCAUUGUCCAGUGGGUCCCCCUUCCCUACAACCCCUCCUCCCUUCCCCCCUCUGGUGGCCUCAAUUCUGCAGUCAGAUUUCAGGGGUUUCUUUGGAAUUGUUCCCAACCUGCUAUGCCUUGGGGGAGGCUGCUUUGGUUUGAUUUUUUUUCCUGUUCCCUUGCUUUGUUUCUUUAUCCAGUUUUAUGGCUGUUUACAGCAGGAUGGUUACCCCAACACUGGAUACUCCCUCAGAGUGGGACUCUAGUUCCAGACAUACUUUGGAAAACUACUGAAGGGCUUCACCAGUUUCCCUAAGGACCAGUGCUAUCAUUUUCCCAUGUGACUCCCUGGAAACACUCCCGUGCCAGGCCACAGACUUACUGAUUAUAUCUUCUUCAGCUGUUAACUGAUAUAAAAAUCACAGAGCUUGAGUUUGCAUGUGAUUUGAACAGUUUUCCAAAAUCACUCUUACUGAUUUACUGAGAUCCUAAUCUUUUUAGAAAGAUUUGCUGUUUCACUUGGCCGCUGAUUUGUUUUUCAUUUGUUUGUUUGCAUGACAUUGUUGGCUAUUUACAACAUUGCACAUUCAUUGUGAUAAUAAUAAAUGACAUUGACCCAGUGACAGGAACACACACACACUCAUGUCAUUGGGGUGGAAGCAAGAGGUGCUUAGAAGCUCCUUGCUUUCACAUAUAAUUAAUUAGUGAAUAUUUCCUGAGGAUUUUGUUUUCCUAUAGAACUUUGUAACCAUGGAAAUGACAGUAAUCAAUAACCAAAUAAUUCAGAUAACAAGGACUUCUCCCCACCUUGUGCAGGUAAUUGGGAUGGGGUGAGGGGAUGCAUGAGAGAAAGACCAGGAAAAGGAGUGGUUAGUAGCAGAGUUAGGGGAGCACAUGAAUGGUCUUGGUUUCAGGACUAUGGGAAGUGGAUGCUGAGAGCCCCCUUCCUCCUUGGAGAGCCUUGUAACUGGAAUCAGGCAGCCCCAAGGUUGGGCGUCCCCAUUAAUCAGCCAGUCAGAAGAUGGCAUCUCUCGGCCUGUCUUCCCAUGGACUCCUCCAUGGCAUUCUCUGCUGGGACCCUAAGGGGUCAUCCGUUAGAAGCUAGUGCUUGGUAUGUGACUAGAGUUGGGGGACAGGCCAGCAUUAGGUGGAGGGCCUGGGGGAGUCCGCAGGAACUGGAAUGGUCACAGUGGCCUCAGUCCUGACAUUUUUUAAUACCUUUGAGAUGUGGUUAGUUUGGAUAUCGGGCCUGAUUUAGGGCCUGAGGCUGUGGGGUGUGAAUUUUGAUUGGUUUUCUAGAGAAGUCAGAUGGGUGUAGCUGAUAAGGGCUCUGACGAAUGGAAGGAGAGCUUGUGCAGCUUUCCUUCUUGCUCGUCAUUUCUUUGCAAGCAGGGAGGGAGGUGGCUAUAGGGAGGACAACCAGUUCAUUCCCAGAAGUUUGCUAGAAGCUUCCUGGAAUUUCAGGUCACCCUGGAGAACCCCACUUGAGGCCCAGUGUUGCCAUGGUUCCUUUGGAAUUAUUCCCAACCUGCUGUGCCUUGGGCGAGCCUGAACCCCAAAUCUUGAUUCUCUUGCUGGUAUUCAUCACUCUAGAGUUGGCCUGGGGUAUAGCUACUCACAGGGCAGGAAGGAAGUGGAGGCCCAGAGAGGAAAUUCAUGGACUCAAUCUAUGAGAUCACAAGCAAGUUGGGGCAUGGGGAGGGGUGUGUGUGUGGGGUGGAUGGAGGAAGAGAACCUAGAGUGGUCAGAGUGGAGGUCCCUGAGCUGCUGAGGGGAGAAGAAAUGGCUCAGAUCCAUUGUGCCUUACGGCACACCUACAUGCCUGGGUCUCUUUAUGUAGCGAUUGGUACACCUAACAGGUAGAUGUCUACUAUUGUUUUGCUGCAUUCAAGCCAAUAAUGGUAUCUUGCC